AUGUCACAACUGUCAACUGAAGCAAUUGACAAGCUAGUUAAGGCGGCCGCACAGGCUAGAAUGAACUCAUACUCGCCAUACAGCAGCUUUUCUGUUGGAGCGGCAUUGCUGACCGAAAAUGACGAAAUGUUCACUGGUGCAAAUGUCGAGAAUGCGUCCUACCCUUGUGGAAUAUGCGCUGAAAAGGUGGCCUACGCCAAAGCCAUCACGGCAACACCCACUCGCCCAUCCAUCAAGGCAAUUGCUGUCGUCGCGUAUGUGCAUCCUUUUUUUUCAAAUAGGAAACCGCUUGGCCCGUCCCAGUUUGUGACACCAUGUGGAAACUGCAGGCAGUUCAUGUCUGAAUUUGGAAAGGAGACUGUAGUCAUCUGUGCGACAGAUCCUUCGCCCGCCCCUGGAGCCGUCACCAUUGCCGGAACAUUCACGCUUGCCACGCUUUUGCCGCACUCGUUUUCUGCUGAUGACCUCAGCCAAUAA